UCUCCCCCCCACCCUAACAUUCUUUCUUUCUUUCCCUCUUUCUUGCCCUAUAUAUGUUUCCAUUGCGACGCAGCUUCAAAAAUGGAGUCUUCAAGACAAAGCAUGGCUGCAGAAGGAUGUAGCAGCAGUGAAUCAGGAUGGACUACGUACAUUGCUUCUCCAAUGGAAGAAGAUGAUUGCAGCAACAUUGAGGAAGAAGGAGAUGGCUUCUUCGAUGGUGAUAGAAGAAGACUGAAGAAGAGAGAUGAAGAUGACAGUGAUGAUUCCAUGGCCUCAGAUGCUUCAUCAGGUCCAACCCAUCAUCAUCAUAACAAUGGCUGUGCUGCUGCAUCAUCAGCAUCUAAUAAGAAAGAUAAGAAAGAUCAUGGAGUUGUUGGCAAGUGUUCAUCAUCAUCCAGGAAGAUUGCAAACAAACAGGACAAGAAACUGCUUGACAGUAGCAGUAAAUAAUAAUGCAGAAUCACAAAUAGUGGUUUAAAUUUAAACCUUGUAGAUGCAUAAAAUCCUUCUCUCUGUAUGAUGCUGCCAGUUUUGUAGCAUGCAUCAUCAUCAUCUUCUUCUUCUCAGGGUUUUAGUUCACUUUGGAGUCAGAAACAUUUUUAAACAUUUUUUCUUUUGCUUCAGGAAUGGAUAUUCAUGUCUCUGGAGUUUUAGUUUCAGGUGUGAUUAUUCUUUAGUAAUGAAAGAAUAUGAACAAAGAUGCAAGUGAAACACUGUAAAGUCUUGAGUUCUGGAAA